AUGGAUGAUUCUUCCCGUAAUGCAGCGAGAGCUGUUUCUGCAGGUUCCGCUGCUCCCAACCACGGCUUGGCGUCCUCGGCAGCGGCAGCAUACUCUCUCGCAGAGGCGUCUCGCUCAGACCCCCAAGAGCAUGCCGCAGAUGAGGGCGCUCCUUCCCCGGAGAUCCCUCAUAUCGCCGUGUCUCUGUCUCCUUGCGCAGUUUCGGCCAGUGGCACUUCUUCCAACGCCGCUGCCGCUGCGCCUCACAGCUCCGAAGAGAGUUGCCUGCAUUGGGGGGGAGCAGACGCGGCGUCUGUCGCCGCAUGGCUGCAACAAGAGAAGCUACAGGGGGUGUACAGACUUCUCGUCGAAUCGCUUUUGACGCCAACUCCCAAGACCAGCGCAGGUUCACGCUUAACUUCCUUGGCCUCUCGUGCUUCUCAGUUGCCUUCCGUCCGUGGAGUUGUGUACGAUCCGCAUCACUAUCAAUUUCUGGCGCGAUUCUUCGAGACUGAAACGAGCGAAGCUCCUACCACCAAGCGCUUUCCCCUUAGGCGCUGGGGCUUUCAGAAGAGCUUCCGCUUUGCAUGCGACGCUGUACAGCAAGCCUUUAAGCCUGGGGAGUUCGAGGAGAGCGAGAUACCCCCCGUGGAAGAAACGAUUGCCCCUCGCGCGUCGUGUGGAGGGGCCUCUUCGCUGUCUACUGCAUGCGGGCCAGAAAUGGUAGAAUCGUAUGUUCUUUUGGAGCAUCCUGAGCUCGUUCUACCCGUUAUUAAGGGGGUUUCUAGAGACAAGAAGAGCAGGCGAUGGGCUGUCUAUUACAGAGGGCAGCGCCACUACUUCUACGACAAGAACUGCGGAGGGUGCAGGAAGGCGUACGAGCUCGCCGUACACCUCAGAAGGCAGCAAGUCGAGGAGGUGGAAAUCUCUCAGGUGUAUGAUGAGCAGCUGCAACAAAUGCAGCAAGGCCCUCCAGGAACUCCCGAGACACGAGGGCCUUGCCCAGGCCCCUGUCUCCGCGCUCUCGUCGCGUAUCUUCUCUCCGAGCUUUCUACUUUUCUCAAGGAAAAGGGGGGAGAGGCUCUAGGUGUAGAUCCGGAGGUGGCAGCGGCUGCUUCCACAGUGGCUGCUGCGCAUGCAGCUGCAGCCAAGCACGCGGCAGGCACGAGCCCUAUAUUGGAUCAUAUUGCGCUUCUAAGGCACUGCAUCACGGAGCAGAAACUGCCGUCACAGCUGCAGCAACAGCAGCUGCUCCUCCUGAUCAAGCAGCUGCUGCUCCUGCAGCUGUCAUCGGUCAGAGACUUUUUGUUGCAAACGGGUUUGUGGAGAACGAUUGCGAACCAGGCAACUGCUGGACAGCAACAGCAGCAGCAGCAGCAGCAGCAACAACCACUGCAUGAGGACUCUGGCAGCAGCAGCAGCUGCUCCCCAAAGCCUGAGGUAACUACACCCGCUGCAGAGGCAGCUGCGUCAGCUGCUGCCUCUCACGCAGAGGCCGUAUUAGAAUCGGCGGAUGACACGGCCAUGUGCGUCGAUUGCUGA